GCACCAAAAUUGAAUAUCAAAGCGGUGCGGACAUUGUGAGUUAUGUUGUAUUCAACUAACAAACAGUCAACGCUAAACAAAAACUACCAGUCAACUACCCAAGUGCCUGUUCUAAGCCAAGUUUCCUCUGAGAAAUUUAGCUAGUAGCUUCUUUUGUCAUAAGCUUCUCUUUCUUUUUCUGCAACUUCUACAAUUUGUUUCUUUUUCUUCAACCUAGCGGUAUGGCAAGGCCGGGGAAUAAGAUCAUUCAAGCCAAGCUGGUGGGUAUGUCUCACCUCGUGGUACUUCUUGGAGACAUGGGAACUGGAAAGACCAGUAUAGCACUGAGAUUUGUAAAAGGCCAUUUCUUUCCUAACCAGGAACCAACCAUAGGAGCUGCUUUUUUCACUCAAAUAUUGUCAUUAUCUGAAGCAACUGUGAAGUUCGAUGUAUGGGACACAGCCGGACAGGAACGUUAUCAUAGUUUGGCUCCUAUGUACUACCGUGGUGCAGCAGCAGCAAUUGUUGUCUAUGACAUCUCAAGCGUUGAUACAUUUGUUCGAGCCAAAAAAAUGGGUUCAGGAAUUGCAAACACAUGUGAGGAAACCAGCACUAGAAAUGGCAGCAAGGAAACCCACGAAGGGAGGCCCAAGAGGAAUGCUACAAGACCCACUUACAUGAACGAUUACAGCACCUAGCUAUAGGCCAUAACAGAAUCUGUUAGAGCAAUUCUGUUAGGAAGUUACUAGUGCAUUUCUGUUAGGAUAAUAUUGUUGCUGUAUGAUUUUCCUAUUUUCACUAUCAGACAACUAUGAAUCAUGUAUAAAUAAACAUUGAAGGAAAUGGAAACACAGAGAAGAAUUUCAUUAGUAUACCUUAGAGUGAGGAGGUUACCUUGUCAUCGAAACAAGGCCUGUGUCCUCUGUUUUCCUACCACUUUGUCUACCAGCUGGUUGUCAGCACUAGCAGAAUCUUGGGUUCACAUCAUAUUGAAUUAUUUCUACAUCAAA